AUGUCGUCAGAUAUCGUAUCAACGUUUGUUAAAAAGUUUAAAAAAUGUGGUAAAAAAAUUUUCGAAACUCAAACGAAUGAAGAAAGUCAGGGUAAUUUAGAGAACAAUAAUAUUGUGCAUGAAGGAGAUAGAAAGGAUGAAGGAGCUACAAUUAAAGGAUUACCUGAAUACAUGAAAAGAAUGCUGAUUAUAGCUGGAUUUGCUGGAAAUGAUCAAUAUAUGGAGGAUACUACUAACCGAAUUAUUAAUUAUAUCUUUGAUGAAAAAUUUGAAGAAUUAUUGUCUCUCGUUGUAAUUCAUUAUGGAAAUGAUUUUGUAAAGUUAGUACAAUUUUUGGAGGAGAAAAUGAAGUAUUAUAAAGACGAAGGAAAAAUAUUACAAAGUGAAUUUUCGAAAACGUCAUUAGAAGAUGUUGGAAUAUAUACUCAAAUUACAGAUGAGAUGGGAGGCAAAUUAAAGGAAUUAAGGAAGAAAAAAGAGGAAAUCACCGAGGAAUUGGAGACGAAGAUGAGAACUGAAGAGGAAGAAGAUUUAAGAAAUAAAUUGAAAAAGUUGGAAGAAGAUGAAAACAAACUAAAGAUUAAAUUUAACGAUUUACAGAUGAAAAAUCGUUUGAAAUCGGAUAUUAGAGAGUAUAAUGGGAACUUUAAAAUACGAAAACGCAAAUUAGGAAACAAUGAAGUUGCUAUAAUGAAGUUACAAAAUGAACAAGAAAAUCUGAGCACUGAAAUGAAAUUAAUAGAAAAUGAGUUAAAAAAGUUAAAAAAUGAAGAGAUUAAAGUAACUGAGGAAGAACAAUUAAAAGACAUUGAGUUAAAGAUAUCAGAAAAAGAAAAAGCAUUGACAGAAAAAGAUGAAAAAAUAAAUGAAAUUAAUAGUAAAAUAUCAGCUCUACAAAAUGGUUAUGGUAACAAAACGAUAAAUUUUCAUUAG